AUGGACUUUAAGUCGCUGCCAGCUUUCCUGACGUGGAAGAAAGACCAGACAACAGUUUUUCUGCGAGUACUUGACUUUAACCUAGCCGGCCAAUCGUCCCUAGGAGCAUUAUGGUUCUGGGACCUAGAAGCGACCACCACGAUGAUCCGAGACACAUUCCUGGCUGACAACACCGUGACACUAAUCGACCUCAACGCUUACUCGGUGCGGCUUGGGGAUAAAUUCACCAAGGUUCUUGACGUGCUGGCGGACAGUUCAGUGCCUAUUGAUGGCACUGAAACAGAUUAUGGCACUACCAUCCUCAGGCUUGUCUUUAGCAAAGCUUCUGGAUAUAUCGCACGCUCGGAUUUCUUGAACUACAGACUACAUGGCGCCAAUUUCAAUUACACUGUCGUAUCCUUUUUGGAACCACUAUCAGUCGUUCCUGGAACAAACCCGAAUUGCGCAACUGCAAAGUUACCGGCAGCAGGUUUCGUCGAUUUGUUCGGAAAAUCAAUAGGUGGUGUCGUGGCGCGGAAGAAGUCAAAAACUCAUGGCGUGAACCAUCUACAGCGACACCUCGAUGAUGAGUUCUCAAAGCGGCUUUCGGGACUUUGGAUUGUCAAGCAGACUCCGACACAAUCCCGAGUGUUCUGGGUUCAGGGUCGUGCUGAUAUCGAGUCAAGUCGACAAUUCUACGAAGCUGCCAGGGCUCUGGAUAUCACGCUUGUUGUACUCGACCAACCUGGACAUUGGCUUGAGGAUGACAGCGGUCAGCAUGCACAUUAUCGUGAGGCCUUCAUCCCCAUGAGUGUCGAUGGCGAUGAAGGCUUGACUCAAAGAGUUGUCGAGGCUGUGAAAGCUUAUCCUCACAAGGUCGAUGGAAUCGUGACUAUCAGUGAUGUCCGAUUACCAUUGAUAGCUCGAGCCUGUGAAAUCCUAGGACUACCUACAUCAUCAUCUGCGGCAUACCUCUUGGCAGGCGAUAAGGGGGCGACUCGUGAGCUGGAGAACGUUGCUUCUCUCACUCAGGAGAGUUUUGUAGUGAAUGAGCCGGCUGAGCUUGAAAAGAUUCUUGUUGAAGAGGGAGCUUCUUUACAGUUUCCACUCAUCGUCAAGCCAUGUAGCGGGUGGAACAGUGAUUGUGUGACCAAGGUACGGACGCGAGAUGAGCUUCGUUCCGCAGUACAUCGUGCUUCGGCUAGGCACGCACUUUCGCCUAACCGCAGCACAAAGGUGGUCGUAGAACCAUACAUAGACGGGCCCGAGGUUGAUGUAAACUUCAUCAUCUUGGAUGGAAAAGUACUCUUCUGUGACAUCUCAGACGACUUCCCAAGCUCAGGUGAUCGUCCCGAUGACGAGAUCAGCGCCACAUCAGCCAACUUUAUGGAAACGCUCAUGGACGUCCCGACAAGCUUACCGAGCAACGAGCAAGAGGUUUUGAAAGCCGGGUUGACGGCCAGCAUCUCGCGUCUCGGUUUCCAGUCUGGUAUAUUCCAUUGCGAAGCACGCGUGCGGAAUUCUCGGGCGCACUAUCAACGAUCUGCCAACGGAAUCGUGGACAUGUACGUGUCGGAUCGUCUUGAGACUCUAGAAGCUCCAUCUUGCUAUCUACAUGAAGUCAACGCCCGACCUCCUGGUUACGUCAAUUGCGUGGCUGCACUCCUGGCGUAUGGCAUCGACUAUUACGCAAUCCGACUCCUCUUGAGCAUCGGUCCACGAGAAAACGAAAGAGUGAAAAUAUUGGCACAGCCAUUUCUCCACAGCAAGCCGCAAUAUGUGCUCGGUGUUGUUGUUCUUCCACCGACUCGUGCAGGUAUCAUGGCAUCAAACGAUGCAGUGGAGGACUUUCUGGUAGCAUACCCAGAUCUUCAAAAACACGUUGUCCACCACCAGACAAUCAUUAAGAAAGGGGACCGAGUACUUGGCCCGGAAUCCAGCGAGCUUUGGUGCGUGGGUUAUAUCACAGUGGGCAGCAGAAAGGGCAGACAAGAGUGUCUCGAACUCGUUCAACAAAUCAGAGAGAAAUUUGACUACAAACUCGAAGGUCAAUAG